AAAUGCUAAAAUAGCAUAAAAUUUUGGGGUAUUACAUCCACCCCUCCUAAAAAGGAGUUUUGUCCCCAAAACUCAAAUUGAGGACCACAUCAAGUGGUGAAUGGCUUCACCCAAUCCAAGACAAAACAAAUGCCUCAUCACUUCCUAAGAACAGAACACGGCCUAUUACGCUUCCGCUGUGCCACUCUGAUAUCAAAUCACGACUAAUCUUAAAAAGCAGAACACUAAUCACUUAACAAGAUUUGCCAUGAAACAAGCUACUAGAGGCUGGGGUGAUAUGAGAAACACAAGGAAUAGAAAUAAAUCCUGCCAAAGCCACAAAAAAACAAUUGUGGGGUUACGCUUUGAACCCAACACAAGACGAGUUGGCAUAGAAUGGCAUGGAUUUACAGAUGAGUACAACAAAAUUUUGAACUCUUUCAAAGACGGAUAAGCAUCCAAAAAAUAUAUAGAUCAUGAAUAAUGAACGAGUGUAUGGAUGCCUUAUACAUUUUGCCACAAAACAAGAUUAACCAAUAGGCAAGGUCAUAUUUAACAAAGCAAUUGGAAUCAAGAAACAAAUUUUAGCAAUUAACAAGAGUUAAAAGCUAAGACCAUCAAAAGACAUGGAAGACUCUCAAGAAUUGCAACAGAAUAAAAUCAAUAGAAAAUAUGAAU